GAACAUGAAGUACUUAGUGUUAAUUAGUGCAAUAUUUUUCCUUUCGGAUGUCCGAGCGUCGACAGAAGGACCAUAUGGCUUUCAAAUUUUGACGAAAGUAUUUCGGCAAUUUUUGAGGUCUCAACCCGACGAUGUUAAAAUUGGUGAUGGAGUGCACAUCAUCAGUACAAGUAGUGAAAAUGAUGCAAGAGCUAAUAUUGAUGAUGGAACUGUGUUGGGAGUAGUGGAAAACUAUUUAGAGCAUCAUGAGUUGCGGAUAAGACUUCCAGAACUCAUGCCCGGUGAAGGUUUCGGAAGAGCCUUGAAAACUGCCAUGAAUGAAGUUGAUGGGAAAGAGGAUGAAAGUUCACCAAGAAAAGGUGGCGGUGGUGGAGGAGGCAAAGGAGGUGGCGGUGGAGGAGGCGGUGCAGGAGUUAUGAUGAUGGGACUCAUGAUGGGAAAGAUGAUGGCUGCUCUUGGAAUCGGUGGUGUCGGUCUUCUUGCCAUGAAAGCUCUGAUGGUAUCAGCCCUAGCUCUCAUGCUGUCUGUGGUCAUAGGCUUGAAGAAACUUGUCAGUUCAGAUCAUGAUGAUGGUGGUCAUACCGUCAUACAUGCAGGUCAUGGCCAUGGGCACGAGUAUAGGAAGAAAAGGGAUGCGAGUGAUAUGGCUUUCCAGGGAUGGGAAGAGUACAAAACUCAUUAAAGUAUUUAUCAAGAUGGAUGUACAUGUCUCCAAAGAAAAAUAUCUCCUGAACAAGCCGUUAUGAAUAUUAAUUGUACAGAAUUCAGACAGUUUCCAUGAGAUAUUUGACGAGAAUUGGAAAAAAUAGAACAAUAUGAAUCUCAUUAGUCCUAGGAUAGUAAUUUAUUAUUCAUAUAUUUAUUGGGUUGUUGAAUAUUGUACAAAAUGGUAUUUCAUUCAUAGGAAUACGACAUACAAAGGUGACUGACUAAUUUCGUAUAUUUUUCAGGGAUCACCUGACUAGAGUUAUUUAUAUUAUCACUACAAACAAACUUGAUUAACUCAUAUUUACCAGUGACGCACAUGAUUAAUAUUACUUGACAAUUACCAAUUUUUUGACUAGUCAUCCCCUACACACGUAAUAAUUUCAUCUUCAUCACUUAUUUUAUCAUUUUCAUUUCUCCUAAUACAUUCCAAAAUUAUUGUAAAUACCUGCACGUAUGACUUUUGCAAUUUCUUCUUUGAAACCAUCAAAGCAAAGUUGAUUUUGACAACUUACUUUGAAUUCUCAACAAUGUUUUCUGCCCAAAUUGACACAUGAAAUAUUCAACUUCAUAACAAUAGCUGAAUUAUUUGAUUGUUGGGUGCCUUUUUGUUAAGUGUGCUGUACAAAUUGCGACUUGUUUCAUUUGAUAAAGAUAACCUGCUCGAAUGAACAAUAACACAUGAAAAUUAAAACAUUUCAAGUGCACUAGAAGAUACUGCAUAGAAGGCCAGUUUUUCUCUUUCUUCAACGUCAUAAUCAUUGACGUUCUAUAUUUUGUAAUGAAUCAUUUAUUGGCAUAUUGCCAAAUCUGAGUAUUCGAAAUGAAUUGCAUCAAAAUAGCGAGAAUAUUAAUUUCCACAAAUUAUACGGACAACGGUGACCUCAGGAACAAUAUUUUCUGUUAUGAAUGAAAUAUAUUCAUGAUAUAAUUUUUCAAGACCUUGUCUAUGUACAAUUGUCAUUUGAAUCAAAUCUCACUUCCUUGUAGAACAAAUCGCCUUCAAUAAAAGAUACUAUUGAUA